GGCAGCGGCGGGGCCGGAGCGGCGCGGAGGAGGGGACAAGACCAGGGCGGGAGGGAAGCGGUCGGCAGCGCCCCGUACGCCCAGCAAGAUGCUGUCCUGGCGGCUUCACACGGGCCCCGAGAAGGCCGAGCUGCAGGAGCUCAACGCCCGGCUCUACGACUAUGUGUGCCGCGUGCGGGAGCUGGAGCGCGAAAACCUGCUGCUGGAGGAGGAGCUGCGCGGCCGCCGCGGGCAGGAGAGCUUGUGGGCCGAGGGGCAGGCGCGCUUCGCCGAGGAGGCGCGCGGCCUGCGGCAGCAGCUGGACGAGCUGAGCUGGGCCACGACUCUGGCCGAGGGCGAGCGCGACGCGCUGCGGCGCGAGCUGUGGGAGCUGCGGCGGCUGGGCGAGGAGGAGCGCGCCGCCCGCGGCCGCCUGGACGCCGAGCUGAGCGCGCAGCGGCGCGAGCUGCAGGAGGCGCUGGGCGCGCGCGCCGCGCUCGAGGCGCUGCUGGGCCGGCUGCAGGCCGAGCGCCGGGGCCUGGAAGCGGCCCACGAGCGCGACGUGCGGGAGCUGCGCGAGCGCGCCGCCCGCCUGACCAUGACCUACCGCGCCCGCGCCGCCGGCCCCGCCGCGGCCCCGCCGCGCCUGCGGGAGGUGCACGACAGCUACGCGCUGCUGGUGGCCGAGUCGUGGCAGGAGACCGUGCGGCUGUACGAGGACGAGGUGCGCGAGCUGGAGGAGGCGCUGCGGCGCGGCCAGGAGAGCCGGCGCGAGGCCGAGGAGGAGACGCGGCUGUGCGCGCAGGAGGCGGAGGCGCUGCGGCGCGAGGCGCUCGAGCUGGAUCAGACGCGCGCGCUGCUGGAGGAAGAGCUGCUGCGGCUGCGGGGGGCGUACGAGCUGCAGGCGGAGGAGCGGCAGAGAGUGAUUGCCUGCCUGGAGGAUGAGAAGGCGGAGCUCACCUUGGCCAUGGCCGACCGGCUGCGGGACUAUCAGGACCUCGUGCAGGUGAAGACCGGCCUCAGCCUGGAGGUGGCAACGUAUCGAGCCUUAUUGGAAGGAGAAAGUAACCCGGAGAUACUGAUCUUGACUGAGCGCAUUGAAAACGUGCCACAAGACUUCAGAAGCAGAUCCUAUCAGUACGGCAGCACGGUGUUGCGGAGGGAGAAUGAACGAAAUCUGCUGUCCAGGCGGAAGGCCCCUCCGGCGAGCUCCGGCCACGGCCUGGCGUGGCGCUCUGACCUGUCGGCACAGCCCGGAGCUCGGCCCACCGGCGCGGGUGCUGCGGGCACUGGCUUCCUAGGCUCGGGAUAUUCUUCCCUAACCACUACCCGGUGGGAGAAAACUGACCGUAGGACUGCCGACUCUCACGAGAAAACUGCCAGCGGCCAAGCCAGGGUCAGAACUUUCUCUCCAACGCCUGGUAUUUUAAGGGAGACUGAGGCUCCAGUGAAAACAUUCCCCGAAGGACCGAGAACCGCAGGUACAAAGGCCGCCUCCGCUAAUGUAGCCAAAGAGCCCGCCGUUGCCCCAAAGUCCUCUCGGGAAAAUGCUUCUAGAAGCACGUGGUCAAGUGAGAGAACCGUCCUUGUGGAACGGAAGACGGAGGCUGAUGCCGUGAGAGAGCAGGAGAGGAACAGGCCAGGCACCGUCCAAACAAAGCGGGAAGAGAAGAUGUUUGAUUCCAAAGAGAAGGCUUCAGAGGAGAGGAAUCUAAGGUGGGAAGAGCUGACAAAGUUAGAUAAAGAAGCAAGGAAGAGAGAGAGCCAGCAAAUGAGGGAAAAGGAGAGAGGGAAGGAGUCGGAAAAGAAGAGUGUCCAAGAAAGAGAGGUACCGAUCAGUCUAGAAGUCUCCCAGGAUAGCACACUAGGGGAGGUCCCGAAAGGUUUGCAGGCUUCCCUCCAGGGGGACGCUCGUGAGGAUGCAGGCAGAGGCGUGGAAAGGAGGCAGGCCGGGUUCAGGCUGGGUGCCGGCGACACCACCACCAGCGCCCCGAAGGGUGACUCCACGACUGAAACCAUAGCCGAAAACAUCGUCUCCAGUAUCCUGAAGCAAUUUACCCAGUCUCCCAAUACAGAGGCGUCUGCUAAUUCUUUUCCGGACACGAAGGUCACUUACAUGGACAGGAAGGAGCUUCCCGGAGAAGGGAAAACAAAGACCGAGAUAGUCGUGGAGUCGAAAUUGACGGAAGAGGUGGAUAUUUCAGAGGAGGCUGGCCUGGACUACCUUCUGAGCAAGGAUGUGAAGGAGGUGGACCUGAAAGGCAAAUCGACCGAGCGGAUGAUAGGAGACAUAAUCAACCUGGGUCUGAAAGGGAGGGAGGGGAGGGCAAGGGUGGUCAACGUGGAGAUCAUUGAGGAGCCCGUGAGCUAUGUCGCCGGGGAGAAGGCAGAUGAGUUUUCUACCCCCUUCGAGGUGGAGGAGGUUGAUGAUGUGUCUCCGGGCUCCAAGGGGCUGGUUGAGGAGGAAGAGGGUUAUGGAGAAACAGACAGCACGUUCUCAGGUAAUCAGCAUGAAAAGACCAAGCGACCCCAGGGGAACGUAACUCGUGUUGAAGAAGUAAUGGAGGCAGGCGACUCGGAGGGAGAGCAGAGCUAUUUUGUGUCGACGCCAGAUGAGCACCCUGGGGGACAGGACAGAGAGGAGGGCUCAGUUUAUGGGCAGAUCCACAUCGAGGAAGAGUCCACCAUCAGGUACUCUUGGCAAGAUGAAAUCGUGCCAGGGACUCGGAGAAGAGUAAAGGCGGAUGAUGGGCUGGGAGAGAAGGUGGUGAGGCCGCUGGACGUUUCAGAACCCUCUGUGGAGGAGGACGUGGGUUCUACUCACUGGAAAGAACAAGCUAGAAGUGGAGAAUUUCAUGCCGAACCCACAGUCAUUGAGAAGGAGAUCAAGAUACCACAUGAGUUCCACACGUCCAUUAAGGGGGCCUUCAAGGAGCCCAGACACCAGCUGGUGGAGGUCAUCGGGCAGCUGGAAGACAGCCUUCCGGAGCGCAUGAAGGAAGAGCUGUCUGCCCUCACCAGGGAGGGCCAGGGCGGGCCGGAGAACAUUUCAGUCGAUGUAAAGAAAGUCCACACCUCUGGGGGUAGGUCCGUGACCUUGGUUGCCGAAGUCAACCUCUCGAGAACCGUGGAUGCCGAUCAGUUGGACCUGGAGGAGCUGAGCAAAGAUGAAGCCAGUGAAAUCGAGAAAACCGUGGAGUCGGUGGUGCGAGACAGCCUGGCUGGGCAGCAGGGCCCUGCGCCCGGCAGCCCAGACAGGGAGACCGCAGAGGACGCCCCGGCUGCCGGCUUUCGCUUCAAGCGCUGGGCCACCCAAGAGCUGUACCGCCCCGGGGGAGAGGAGGGCGAUGCCAGCCCGGCCUCUCCGAGCACGGAGCAGGUUACUUCCCCGGGUCCGGUGUCAGCCACGGUGGAAGUCACCAGCCCGAGGGGCUUCGCCCGGUCACACGUGGUAGAGGAUGUGAGCCGGUCUGUCAGGCGUGUUCAAGUAGAGCCCACUGGGAUUUGGAGGACUGAGCAAGUCUCACGAGAAGGACCCACUGCACAAGUGGUGGAGGUGGACCUGAGUAACGUGGAGGCCAACCCCCGCUGGACGCGAGAGACCACCGUCGUCUUCCCCGCAGGGUCGGAAGCAGCGGCAGGUGGUGCCCCUGACCACGGUGCCUGGAGAGACGGGGGCAGCGGGAAUGCCUGGGUGGCCAGCGUGAGCUUUCAGGGCUCCUCUGGGGACGGACACCAGGUUCCCGGGGAAAAGGGCAAGGCGCAGGCCGAGUUUGACAAGACGGUGCAGCUACAGAGGAUGGUAGACCAGAGGUCGGUGAUCUCGGAUGAAAAGAAAGUUGCCCUCCUCUAUCUAGACACGCAGGAGGAGGAGAAUGAGGGCCACUGGUUUUGAUAAGCAAAUACUUUUGUUUUCAGUGGUGUCUUAUUUGGGCGACAUGGUAGCACACAAAGGCCUUGACUUCUUUGAAGGAGGGAGGCUCAGUCUUUAUGAAGACCUCCUCCCUUUUGUACUUUCUCCAAAGAGCCUUCCAGGCGAUGUCAACUUGCUUUAUAACCUGUAAAGGUGUCAGAUUGAUUCACGCCUUGGAAGGCAUUGGAGUUUUACUUUUGAGUUGGAACUUUGACAAAAAUAUAUUUUUUUUCUGGAGUUUUCUCUCCACUGCUCAAGACAAUUUCGAUCAAUUUUGCUCCUGGUCACGGAAAUGCCUCGCAUCUAUAAUCAACACUAUAAUCAACUCUCUAUAGGGAAGAUGCCUAAAUGGUAACCAUAUAGUAAGAUGCCUAUAUAAGAUUAAAGUAAUAUAUUUAAGACUAAAUUUUAUUUGCAUGUGCUAAUAUGAAAUAACUAACAUUUAAAAGGAAAAAUGUACACAUUUGUCACUUUUCCAAGUCUUCUCAAAAAGAAAGCCUACGAAAGAAGCAGAUUGCUUCCAUAAAAAACAAAAAUUAAAAAAAAAAGACCCUAAAUGAUUCUAUCUUUAGGAAAAAGUUAAAUUCACUUUAAGACUUGAAUGGAUUGCUUUCUAUGUGCAGCACUUUAAAAAAUAUAUAGUAUUUUUAUUUAUGGAGAGGACAGCGUCAGCCUGUUUGACAGUCCAAGUCAGCACACUCGCUAUAUUUGUACAAGUUUAGGCCGGAGUGUGGGGGAACAGGUUAUGUGUUUCUUUCUUGUUUCUUUCUCACUGCACUAGCUUGUUAAGUAGCCACAAAUAUUCUGGUUUGUUACAACUAAGUUCUGCGGGAGCCGCCUCCGUCAGUGUUAAGCUUCUCUGCACUUUAGCCCUUAGCACUGUCUACGCGUUUAAUUUUACUGGCGGGAGGCAGACCCUGAAGACAGUGAAGAGAAUGCCAGUGCCCCGGCCUUGCCCGAUGGUCCUGUGCGGUGACACUGGAAGCACCGGCCGGACUGGGCCUCACAGAGAAGCCCUUUCCAUGCACCGCGAAAGGGGCCGAGGUCUGAGCGAUGCAAAAUGACAACCAACUUUGAGGCAGUUUUUGCAGUUUCAACAGAAAUCAUUACAGUUGGGUUUUUUUUUUGCCCAGGGAAGAGAGUACUCACGUUACAUAGGGUAAGGUGUCUAGGGGCAGGGACUGGUGUCUCUCCUGCUGCCUGGCACCCAGGAGGGACCCCGGAGGAAGGCAAAGGCCCUCCCCUCAUGGGCCAUGGGACGCCGACCUGCAGGUACACACCGUCAAGUUUAAGAUACUAGAAAGAGUGAGUAUCCUUUACUGGGUUGGUUUUAUUUUAUAGAAGGGCAUUGCUUUUAAGGCUUCCAUCUUUAAAGGUAUAGCGUCACACAGAAAUUACCUCUCCAGCAGCACGGUAUUAUUUUAAUCCAGACUAGUUGCUUGCACAUAGCGUUGUUUAAAAUGCACUUCAAGUAACAGAAUCCUAGAACUUCCAAUAGCGCGCUGAGGAAUAAUGGUUGAAGGUAAUGCCAACCUCUGGUGGCGUUACAGGAUGAUGAUGGGGGUGGCGGAUGUGGCAUGAAGGUCUUCCCUUGGGGUGGUGAGGGGGGAUGUCACACAGUGAUCCUCAGCUCCCAGAAAUGGCUACAGCAGGUAGUUUAGGGGGAGUGCAUUUUCUUAAUAAGUGGAGGAGAAAUGCAGCAGAGCUUUCAGGAUGAUCUGUUUUAUAAAAACACUGUGAAUCAGGGUACAGAAAAAGUCGAAUUGCAAGGUUAAACCUUUGUUAUCUUCCAGAUGAGCUAGUGGUUGUCACCGACUGGUACAGAGGUGAUGGCUUUGCAAACAAAGCCUUCCCAUUUCGAAUAGAGUCAAAGAUGGGCUGAUUUUAUGUGAGCUGUAAUUGGUAAUGGUAUUUGUAGAGGUGACUUCAUUGGUCAAGGUGACAGCCUACUGUUUUGAUGGCAAGACAGACUGAGGACGGGGGGUCUGUUAUGUGAGUCUGAGCUGGCUCGCUUUAGUGUCCCGCCCCUGCCUUGUGAUCUUGUAAAUGAGUGCUAAUGUGGACAGAUUAGUAAUAUCAUGACCCACCCCUCUUUGGAAAAUAUCUUAGGUCUUAAUUUAUAUUUCCACGUUAGAACACAUAUCUUCAAGAGGCACCCGGCCACGAGCACUUACCAAUAUGGACUCCUGAGCUGUCUUUGGCUAGUCAGUUUGUGGAUCACCCGGGAGCAAGGAUGCCCUCCACACUGUGAAGGUCACCUCAGAGCUCUGUGUCCUUUAAAACCAGUCGCUCGGGAGACCACAGAAAUCACCUUUGUGGGUCAGGACAGAACCAAUGUUCGCUGUUGCGUAGACAAAACAGUAUUAAUGGAAUGUUUGUCACCUUCCCGCUGGUUGUUUCGAUACUGUUUGUUUCAAAUGUAUAUUUAGAACAGAAUCAUUUACAAAGCUCAUCUUUCUAAGCUCCUGUUCCCUACGAAGGGAAAUGUCACAAGAAUGUAUAAAAAUAAAAGUCUAAGAAAAAAAAAAAAACUCAACCCUCCACAUUGUUCCUAAAGAGAAUGACUGUUUUCCAUUCGUGGUUUCUAUUUAAGCUCUAAUUAAAGCAGCUAUGUGUUUUACA